CGACAGAAACCCUAAUAGCCGAUUGUGGAGGAAGAGAGAACCAGAGAAGCAGCAAGAUGCAGAUCUUCGUGAAAACCCUGACCGGCAAGACCAUCACCCUCGAGGUGGAGUCAAGCGACACCAUCGACAACGUCAAAGCGAAGAUCCAGGACAAAGAAGGGAUUCCACCGGACCAGCAGAGGUUGAUCUUCGCCGGGAAGCAGCUUGAGGAUGGCCGUACCCUCGCCGAUUACAACAUCCAGAAAGAGUCAACCUUGCAUCUUGUUUUGAGGCUUCGUGGUGGCAUUAUUGAGCCAUCUCUGAUGGCAUUGGCCAGGAAGUAUAACCAGGACAAGAUGAUCUGCCGCAAGUGUUAUGCACGUCUGCAUCCCCGUGCUGUCAACUGCAGGAAAAAGAAGUGUGGACACAGCAACCAGUUGAGGCCGAAGAAGAAGAUCAAGUAAACUGUUCUGAUUGCAGGAAUGAGUAGUGUUUUCAUGGAUUGCUGGAUGUCUUGUGAUCCUGAUAAUUACUUUCUCAGCAAUGUAGGAAUUUUGUUGGAAAUUGGACUGGCAUAGUUACUCUUUAUGAUUUUUGUUUUCAGUUUGAGACGGGUUGAAAUCUAUUAUGCUACAAUUCUGUGCGAUGACAAUUUUGUUGCUUAUGAUAAUGCGUGAUAUCCUUGUUUCUCGUGAA